AUGACUGGUUACUGCAAACUUCUUGUCUUGAUUUUGGUUUUACAACACGUUUUUGGUACAGAUGAUGAUGAUGUGGCACUUACCAUGGAAAUUGCAAUCGAAAGUCUCAACGGACGGAAAAAAGCAGAAUUAAUUCCACAUAUUACUAGUGAGAAGAAUUGUUUGUCUGGAGACGCCUGUCAAAACGGUGGAAUAUGCAGAAAUGCAGCAGUUCAAUCUGAUGGAACCAUUAUCAGAGGAGCUUGCGUUUGCCCGUUGGGUUACUUUGGGCCUCUGUGUACUAAAAAAGUCCAGCAAUCACGGUUUCCCGAACUCUUAGAUGGAGGGUUCCUCGUUUUUAACGGCCACCUUCUUCCUAAAGAAGGACCAUUUUCAGUUCGAAUGCAAAUUAAACCCUACAUUUUUCGGCCUCACACAUUAAUUUUUUUCCACAAUUCCUCCACACGUAAGCAGGCCUUUUACCUGGAGUUGAACAAUCAACUCAUUCAAUUGAGGGUCUACAACAAAUCUAAGGCGGGUCAUUUCUACCUCUCUCGAUUGCUUCAGCACUCACUCAAACUGCAAAAUGCCAAUGCAGAUUUUUUUGACAUUGCUUUUAGAUUGAUAACACCAGACCAGUUUCGCCUCUCUGUCAAUCAGCAUGAAGUUCAUAGUCACAUUGAAGAUAUUCCACCUGAAAGUAAAACUGAUCAUUCAAUGGGGUCAUUUAGCAAUGAACAUGAAAUCUAUAUCGGUGGCCACUUGACUCUGACUCUUGGUAACCCCUUUCCAAUAGUUUCUGCAGCAGAAAAUAGUUUAAUCGGCUGUGUGGGCGAUGUCAACAUUAAUGGACACCUCUGUGACCCACGACAAAGCUCAUUUGUCGGAGAUGCGACAGGAGGAUUUGGAGUCGUGGACUGUGCAAGGAAUGUUUGCACCCAACACGCAUGCGAAGGCAGUUCCUUUUGUAAACCGGUCUCUUCUACAGAAUACGCUUGUCAGUGUCCAAUCGGUACACGUCCACCAUGGUGUAAACAGGGUUGGUUCAUUCACUUUUCUCUUAUCUGCAACCAACUAAUAAUAAAUGGACUGCGAGUGGACCUAGUAGAAGACUUUAUUGAAUUUGUAAAUAUUGUGAACUGCGAAAUGCACGAAUGUGCUCAGCGAUUUCCACCUUGUGGUUUCAAUGGAAAGUGUAUUGCUCUAUCUCACACUUGGAAAUGCAUUUGUAAGGCUGGUCUCGGAGGCCCAAAAUGUGAAAAAAACUUAUUAAGAGCGUUCAACUCACGAAUUGCCUUCGAUGCAUACAGUUUCCUUGCGAUUGAGCAGCCCAAGUCAAUUUUACCGUAA